AUGUCUUCGCGGAAGAAGGUGCUUCUCAAGGUCAUCAUCCUCGGAGACAGCGGGGUCGGCAAGACGAGCUUGAUGAACCAAUAUGUCAAGAAGAAGUUCAGUGCGAGCUACAAGGCCACCAUCGGCGCUGAUUUCCUAACGCGAGAGGUCAUGGUGGACGACAGACAAGUCACGAUGCAGCUUUGGGACACUGCUGGACAGGAACGAUUCCAAUCGCUGGGGGUUGCCUUUUACCGCGGCGCUGAUUGCUGCGUGCUGGUCUACGACGUCAACAAUGCAAAGAGCUUCGAGGCGCUUGACAGCUGGAGAGACGAGUUUCUCAUACAAGCAUCGCCUCGGGACCCCAUCAACUUCCCCUUUGUUGUUUUGGGAAACAAGAUCGACGUGGAAGAGAACAGACGAGCGAUUUCAAACAAGCGCGCCAUGACCUUCUGCCAGUCCAAGGGAGACAUUCCCUAUUUCGAGACCAGUGCCAAGGAGGCCAUCAAUAUCGACCAAGCUUUCGAGGUGAUUGCUCGAAACGCACUGGCCCAGGAAGAGUCGGAAGAGUUCAGCGGCGAGUUUGACGACCCCAUCCACAUCCAACUGGACAGUGACCGUGACGGCUGCGCCUGUUGA